CCACGUGGCUUCCCCCGUCACCUUCUCUCUUCUCUCUUCUCCAAGACUUCAAACCAAAAACCAUAAUUUUUCUCUUCAGCCACUCUGCCAUUUUCCUCACAAACACAUCAUUUUCCCGAGAAAAUAAAAUCCCACCACGGAAAAUAUUCAACGAUGGAUGGAACAAUAAAAGGACCAGAUUUUUAGAGCGAGAAAGUGCCAAGGAGCUGCUAAGGGGACGCUUGUCACUGUGAGCUUUGAUUCCUUCGGAGUUUGGAAACUGCACUCCACCGACUCGGACUCUCUCUCUCUCUGUGUUUUUUCUUCUCCUCCAUCUUAUCUCUUCCACACACUCUCUCUCUCCUCCAAACGCCAACGUUUCAAUCUGAUAUGGCGUUUGAUCAAAAUUCGUUUCCCAAAGAACUGAGACAGUUAAAUGUAGCUCGAACUGUGGCCGAAGAACCCCGCAUUGCGCAGGCUACUACAGCUGCUCGAAACCCCGAUGGAUUUUUCCCCAGCCACCCAGUUCGUGAAGUUAAUAGCCCUCAUUCAAUACCUGUUUUUUACCAAGCACCGGUUGCCUCGGAGGCUGGGCAUGUUGGCCUAGGGUAUGGAAAUGCCGUGUCGGGGGUGCCCCCGUGGUGCCCUGGCCCCCGCAUUGCUGUGCCGGUGGGACAUCCAGGUGUGAACCCUGGCGUUGGUGUUGGAAUUGGUUACAGUCCUAAUUUGGGCAGUCGGGUCGGCGGAAAUGAUGUUGAUCUUGUAAGCUCUGAUACUACAACAACUGCUUCUAGGCCUUCUGACUGUAGUUCGAAUAUGUUUAAUAGGAGUGCUGGCAGUGGUCUAGAUCAUGGAGUUAAUGAUAUGGCAGCUGGGUUCGGUUAUAAUCCCAAUUUAGGCAAUAAGGUCAGUGGCAAUGUUGCUGAUCAGACUGGGAAUGAUUUGACAUCGGGAUAUGGUUACAAUGCCAAUUUGGGCAGUCGUGGGAGUGGGACUGAACAAGCAAGUGAUGACGGUGGGGAAGAUUCUGUGUAUGGGAAGAAAAUAAAGCUUCUGUGCAGCUUUGGCGGAAAGAUUUUGCCCAGACCAAGUGAUGGAAUGUUGAGGUAUGUUGGAGGGCAGACAAGGAUUAGUGUUCGGAGAGAUGUGAGCUUCAAUGAGCUAGUGCAGAAGAUGGUGGAUACAUAUGGGCAACCUGUGGUCAUUAAAUACCAGCUCCCCGAUGAGGAUCUCGAUGCACUGGUGUCGGUUUCAUGUGCUGAUGAUCUUGACAAUAUGAAGGAUGAAUAUGGGAAGUUGGUCGAGAGAUCUCCAGAUGGUUCAGCAAAGUUGAGGGUAUUUUUGUUUUCUGCUUCUGAAGUUGAUCCAUCUGGUGUCGUACAAAUUGGGGAUUUACAUAAUAGUGAGCAGAGAUAUGUUGAUGCUGUCAAUGGGAUUAUGGAUGGGGUGAGUGUUGGUAUCGUGAGGAAGGAGAGCAAUGCAAGUGCAACUUCAACUCAAAAUUCUGAUUUUAGUGGAACUGAUGUUGUUGAUAACUCAGUUCCUGGUCAGGGGGACAAUACUGGACUUCCAUCACCGGGCAAGUUAUCACCGAAAAGGGAUUCAUCUACUUCUCAUGAUGCUAGUACAAGGCUGGUAUUUGUGGAUCCUAAGCCUACAAUUUAUUCUGAAGUUUCUACAAUUCCAUUGGUCAUUCCUGUGGUUAAGUCUGGGCCUCCCCAAACACCAUCUUCUCAUCCGGAAGGUGAAUUAGAAAGAUCUGUGCCUGUUACAGUAUCACAGCAGCAACCUGGAAUUGGCAUUUCAUCUACUGCUCCUUAUCUGCAAACUUAUGUUGGUCCUCGCCAAGAUUUUGUUACACGGGCAGACCAUCUCCAGCUUCCUCCUCAGAUGGGUUUCCCAAGUCCUCACCUAUUGGGGACUGCUGGUCCUGUAUUCACCAAACAGCAAUACGGUGAUAGUAUUGCUGGCAUCACCCCGCAUCACUUCAUUCCUGCAGUGCACAUGACAAUGACUCCCUCGACUUCUCAUGUUAAUAUAAGACCAAGUGUGCUUCAGCCAUUGAUCCAUCCACAACAGACCCGGUUGGAUAAGUAUGUAGGCGAGAGUACCUUUGUUCCCAAGGUCGUCCAGCUUCCUGCUGAACAAAGCUAUAAUUCCUAUCAGGUUCAAGUACCCUCAACAACAGCAGGAGGUGCUUAUGGAUGGCAUCAAGUUCAAUCACCAGAGCAUGUGAUUUACCAUGAUGCAUUGGUAUCUCACCAACAGGAAGUGUAUCCCGAGAAGUCCACAAAGUUCCAGGACUGUUAUAUGUGUCAGAUAGCAUUGCCUCAUGCACAUUCUGAUACUGUGGUACAGGUUCAGAGAGACAUUGGCGGAAGCCCGGUAUCUGAUUCAAGUCCAACUUAUUAUAGUCCUCGGCUGGAGGAGAAUUUGCGAGCUCAGCCGAUGAACAAGGGAGAAGGUAAUUUUGGCCAAGGAGUUGAGGCUCGCCCUAGGGUUCAAAUUCCAGUAGAUCCUCUUCUCGUAACAUCUCAUUCAGAUGUGACUUGCCUCUCUCAGAUUUCAUCUCCACAGGGCGUUAUCCAGAGAGGAGGUGAUGUGCAAUCACCAGAUGGUGCAUUCAUGGUCAGUAUUCCUAAGCAUUGUCAAGACGAUGUUGUUCAACUACAUCCAACACCAUUUCAUUACCAGGUUAAACAGGAAAAUUUAGGUAACGAUCCUUUUAAUCAAGAUGUACCUCUUGUUGGAGGUGCACCUGUUGAAACUUCAGAAUGCCUGGUUCGUGAAUCUCCAACUGCAUAUGAUAAUUUGAGACAAAUCGACGGGAGGAUGGAAACACUCAGGAUAAAUCCCACUGAGAUUUAUGUUAACAAGGAGCAUGGUAAAUCACCUUGGGAUAUACCUAGAAUGGAAGACAACGUUGAUCACAAAACAGCACAAGUUGGGGGUAGAGAGGUGGCUGUGGAUAACCUCGUUGACAAAUUAGGCAGGAAUCACUUUAACCCGACCGAAGUACUAGCUUCUCCCUCUGCCGAAGUCUCACAUGGGUAUAGUUCACAGCCAGCAGAAUUCUAUGAUUUAGGAAAACAAUCUAUAUGGGGAAAUCCUGAAGCUUAUCUGCAAUCAAGAGUUGGAAUAUAUCCUUGUGAUUCUUACGAAUCUAAUUAUGGAACCCCUGUUGUUUUGACCCAUCUCACUGAUGGAAUUCAACCUCCUCCUGAAUGGAAGGAUGAGAAUAUGAGAUUGCAGCCCAAGAUGGUAUCUAACGAGAGGGAAGGUAUUACCUCGAAUGGUUUUGGUGCCCAGGACUCCUCAAACUCACUGUUCAGCAAUCAAGAUCCUUGGAGUUUGUGCCAGGAUACUCAAUUGCCUCCUAAGCCAACCAAAAUACAAUUGAGAAAAGAACCAUAUACAGAAAUGCGAAUGGACGAUGGAGGCCAACAGCCACCAGGCAAUUUGAACAGGGAUCUUAGUUCAGAGCAUGCCCCGUCGUCCAAAGGAUCAGCAGAAGAACAAAUAAAGCAAGAACUUCAAGCUGUUGCUGAGGGAGUAGCUGCUUGUGUUUUUCAGUCAUCUACGCCAUCAGAUUCUUACUUGCAUGAUAAAAAUGAGUCUGCUUAUGCAACCAAUCGAAAUGAAGAGGUUCAAAACAAUGCUGCAGGGAUGCAAAACAGAACAGAAAGUGAGGAUGUCAAAUCCAACUUUGCAGAUAAGCCAAAUCUUGGUUUUCCAGUAGCAGAUGGCCUAGGCCGGUUGCAGAUUAUAAAGAACAGUGACCUUGAAGAGAUGAGAGAAUUAGGUUCUGGAACUUUUGGUACCGUUUAUCAUGGAAAAUGGAGGGGCACUGAUGUUGCAAUCAAAAGAAUCAAUGAUAGGUGUUUUUCCGGGAAGCCUUCAGAACAAGAGCGCAUGAGAGAUGAUUUCUGGAAUGAGGCUAUCAAGCUUGCUGACUUGCACCACCCCAAUGUGGUAGCUUUCUAUGGGAUUGUGCUUGACGGACCCGGAGGUUCUGUGGCAACAGUGACAGAAUAUAUGGUUAACGGCUCUCUGAGAAAUGCCUUGCAGAAAAAUGAGAAGAGUUUGGACAGGCGCAAGCGCCUCAUGAUUGCAAUGGAUGUGGCAUUCGGAAUGGAGUACCUGCAUGAAAAGAAGAUAGUACACUUUGAUUUGAAAAGUGACAACUUACUUGUCAAUCUUCGAGAUCCACACCGCCCAAUAUGCAAGGUCGGUGAUUUGGGCCUAUCUAAGGUGAAAUGUCAAACGCUGAUCUCCGGUGGUGUGCGGGGAACACUUCCAUGGAUGGCACCGGAGCUGUUGAAUGGUAGCAGUAGCCUUGUUUCUGAGAAGGUCGAUGUGUUUUCUUUCGGUAUCAUGUUGUGGGAGCUGCUCACUGGAGACGAACCAUAUGCGGAUUUGCACUAUGGUGCUAUCAUAGGUGGUAUUGUGAGCAACACAUUGCGGCCACCAAUACCGGACUCUUGCGAUCCUGAAUGGAAGUCACUGAUGGAGAGAUGCUGGUCAUCAGAGCCGUCCGAGAGGCUGAGUUUCACUGAAAUUGCGAACGGAUUACGCUCCAUGGCAGCAAAGGUUCCUCCUAAAGGACAGACCCAACCGCAGCAACCCUCGGCAACAUAGUCUCAGGCUCGAAAAUGAUCUUAGAAGUUGCUUCAUCGUCGAUGUCUCGCCGGCGUCGGCACCGGUACCUUUGUGUUUCGAGCCCUUGGAAGAUAAACUUAAUAUUUGCUUUGCUUUAUAGUGAUGGGGAAGUUGUUUUAUUGUUUUAUAGAAACAUAUUGGUCUUAUAAAAGUCUCAACUCAUAUAGGUUUUACCUUUGAACCAACUUCAGUACAAGCACUUAUCAUUGGAUUGUAUCGAAGCUUAAUCUUUGUCGGGAUAAGGCUUUGUUGUUGUUUCGUCACUUUGUACACUGGUAACAUAUUAGGGUUAAAUGGAACAUGUUCGAUUGGCCCGAGUCGUAAUCGAAACAAAGAUUAAACCU